CUCUGUUGAGGGGGAGAGCCAGCGCUGCACAGGGACAGAGAGCCGGAGAAGGAGUGUGCAUGUGUGUUUGAGGAAGCAAAACGGUGAUUUCAGCUCAAGUAGAGAAGCGCUUAUGGGAUGCGAGUGAGUACAAACAACAAGUUCAACCCUUCAGAAUCAAUUCUCAAAGUCUGACUGUAAAGAAAAACGAAAUUCAAAGGGUCUGUAGUGGCAGAGCAAUGUAAUACCACUCCCAGAGGACUAUCCGGAGAGCUAACAAGUGCAGGAUCGGCUCCAAAGCUAAAACCCCCAUGCAUUACGAACUCUAGAGUCUUACAAGAAACAGUCGAGACUAGCGUGGAGAGGUUUAGAAAUUUCAGCACCUGCUGACAAUGUCUUUCACGAUGGUGCGACAGGCUCCCAGCCGAUACCUGUACUCGGAGAUCUCAAUGAUGUCGGAGGACGAUGAAAACGGAAGCGAGAGCUCGGGCUCCGACGACCGCUCGUUUCGCUUGGACGCCUCGGGGUACGACGUUAAAGUCGGAAGAAAGAGAAAACCUGGAGUAAGUGGAGGCGGACGGAUGAUUGGGCAACCACCCAUUUCCGCCAGCUUUAUCGGUCCGUUGCCCGAGGGCCGUCAACGCAACGCAGCCAACGCACGGGAGCGGGACCGCACCAAUAGCGUCAACACGGCCUUCACCGCAUUGAGGACUCUCAUCCCCACGGAGCCCGCCGACCGGAAGCUGUCAAAGAUCGAGACCUUACGGUUGGCAUCCAGUUACAUAUCUCACCUGGGAAACGUUCUCCUGGUGGGCGAAGCGUGCGGAGACGGCCAGCCGUGCCACAGCGGAGGGCCCUCGACCUCAAACUACUACCACCACCACCACGGCUCGCCCAGCCGGGACUCGGAGAACUCGCAGCCCAAACAGAUCUGCACGUUUUGCCUCAGCAACCAGAGGAAAGUGAGCAAAGACAGAGAGAGGAAAUCCGCCCUGAGGAGUUAAGCCACGACGUGAAUGGAUUUACAAAACAUUAGCAUCACCAGUGUACAAAAACUGUUGACUGCAAAUGCAAUGUUAUGGUGUAUAUAUGCAAAUAUCAAUUCAUAUUUAAUUAUUUGUAAAUCGCCUUUGGACUGGAGCAUUUUUAUUGGAGGAAAAAACAACAAAACAUUAUGACUGGAAAAAGACCAGACUGCAGCAACUUGAUUACGCAAGAGCUGAACAUCCCGCUACAGACUUCCAUCUUUUCCAUGCUUUUACACACCAAGCUACACAAAAUGUUUAUCUUUGACCACAGGGAGUUGAGGUAAAGCUAUUCGCCAAAGACCAUCCAAAGAAGAGGACGGCAUUCACAAGGUUCACAACGAUCACAGAGAAGAAGCGUAAGGAGCCCAACUUUGCAAAGCAAACCAAUGGCAGAACAUCGUACUAUAUUAAAAAUCUAAGAGGAUUCUCGGAUUGUGCUCACUCGGAUU